AUGCCUUCUACCGACUGGAGAUCCAGCACGUCGGAGGACUCGGACUACACAUUCAUGCUCUUCCAGCCGGACACACAGACAACAGCUCCGUGCGCACAGAUACAGGCACCCUAUGCGACUGCAAACAUGCACCCAGCGUUGUGCAGCACCAUUAGUCAGGCCCUUAGCGACGAGGAGAUUCUAGACGAAAUCUUCCAGGAGAUCAUGUCGCCCGGUCCACAGGACCAGGAGCUUUCCGAGCUCAAGAGCUUCGAAAUGGCCAGCACCUGCACCCUUUUCAACCCCGUGGUGACACCCAAUUCAGCUCUUACCUCAGCGCCUUCAACGCCACAGCUCACCAGCACGCUACGUCGAGGCAGCAUUCCGUCGGCAUCACUAGGAUCCAUCUCCCCUAACAUGGCGGCGGCUCUACGUCUACCGACGUUCGCCAUGAGCAAUACAGGUACAGCACGCAACACAGCCUUCUUCCCCAUGUUGAACGACCCCAAAGUGCGCAUCAACACUGCGUUUGGUGGACAUCACACGUCCAUGCUCUUCACGUCACCGACAGCAGGUCGUCGCGGCUAUCGACGCACGAAUCGCCCUACGCGUAUGCAGAAGAAGAAGCCAGCCUCGCGCAUUUGUCGUAUGCCUGGCUGUACCAAGGGCAUCCGCUCGCGGGGUCUGUGCAAGGCUCACGGUGGUGGCCGUCGGUGUACGACGCCCGGCUGCGAGAUCAGCGACCAGGGCGGAGGUCACUGCAUCGCUCAUGGUGGUGGUCGUCGCUGCUCCGUCACAGGUUGCCAGAAAUCGGCUCAGUCUAAGGGUUUAUGCAAACUACACGGUGGCGCUCGGCUGUGCCGCCUGCCAGACUGCAACAAGAACGGCCAGAUCAAAGGACUCUGUCGGCUGCACUACAGCCUUACCAUGGCGGCAAAGAACUCGGCCGCCAAGGCUCCAACUGUAAUGCCUGUGACUAUGAAGCUCGAGUGCCAGAGCAGUCACAGCCCGUGCGAUACCUUCCAGCUGUGAGCUUAAGUAUCCUCAGCCAUGCAAGGCCACCACGGCCUGCAUACCCCAUGUAGUUAGUAGAAAUCCCAAAAUUGACCUGAACAUAGUGUAAAUACCCCACACAAAUCACAAUAAAUACAACCAUA